AUGUCUGAUUUUAAUACUUUUUCUAAUGAUUCUUAUGAUGACAACCACAACCCCGAAAAUAUUCCUUAUGAUGACAAUUAUGCUUUGGCUUUAUCGCGUCAUGUGGGUUAUGAACCAAAUUUGUUUAAUGAUCUCUGGGCUAACCUUUACCAGUUGGAACGAAUGGAUAGUAGGUUUGCAUUAAAAGAAGGCUUUAACAAUAAGAUCAGAACUAGUGAGAAAGUUGAAGGUGUUAUGCGAAGGGCUACCUAUGAAGAAAGCUAA